AUGCAGGGGUUUAGACAGGCACUUGAGGACAGUAAUCUUGUUCAAAUACCCACUGUUGGCUCUUUCUUCACAUGGGAGAAGGGCAGGGAGUCGAAUAAUCUGGUUAGAGAGAAGCUUGAUAGAGCCCUUGCUACUGAGGACUGGGCUUGUAAAUUCACUAAUGUUGUCUGCUCGGUUGUUCAUAUUCCUAGAUCGGAUCACAAACUGUUGGUGAUUAAUACAACUCCUAAGGAUAAUAGGGGAGAUAAAAGGAGAUUUCAAUUUGAUAAUGCAUGGUUAUGUGAUGAGAGUCUAGCUGAGAUUAUUAAAGGAGCUUGGGGUAGGAGUAGAAAUAGAGAAUUUUGGCAAAAGAAGAAGACUAUACAUAGAUUAUUGGAUAAUGGGCCCAAUACUAUUUCUCACACCUCUUUAAAGGAAGAUUGUAAUCGUCUCCUUGAGCAGGAAGCUAGUCUAAAACAGUAG